GCAGCUUUACAGUGUUAAACAGGAAAAUAGUGUCAAUAUUGAAAACAAAAAUUAAAUGUUGGUGUAAAGCAGCUUUAAAAAGAGGACAAUAAUAAACAGUCAACAUUUCAGUUAAAGUCAGCUGGUCGUCUCUCUCUCUCUCUCUCUCUCUCUCUCAGUUUAUUGGCGGGUCGCAAUACACCAAAAAUACAUUUACAAUAAUUGUCCUGACCACAGUAACUUCCAUUAAAUGUUUCCUGUAAUUACAACACAGUGGUCUGGAGGAUUCUUGCACCAUUUCUCUUUGCAAAACUUUUUUCAGUUCAGCACAAUUCUCAUAUGGGUAACUUCAGAAGGUAUAUUUUCAUUUUAUGGUUUAUUUAUUCCUGUGCUUCAUCUGUCAAUAAAAAAUGUAUAUGUGAAUAUGAAGGAUUUCCCAUACUGAUUUUUCAUAGUUUACCUGUAUUUUGAAAUACAUAUUGCACUAUGUUAGGUUUUAGUGUUGAUGGAGAUGUCUGUAAAAUUAAUAGAAAAUGCUAGUACUUUUCUGUCAGGAUAUUAUCUGAUCUAUCUUUUUACUUUCAGUUAAUUAAUGCAGUGGCAUGCACCUCUGUGAAAACAUGACAGACUGUGGUUUAGAGAGAAAAAAGCGGAAUUGGAGUACAGCCAACAGACUAACACAGAAGUAGUUUUCAUCUCGGUGAUUAUAGAUGCACUACAGUACUUAAUUUUCUGCAUUUCUCCUUUUCUAAACUGAUGAAGAAAAUGAUUCACUCGUUUGUUUUUUGCUGUUUGUGCUUUUGGAACCUGACUGCUCGUCUGCCUGUUCCUGUCAUCAGCAGAGACUCUUCACAAUGUUCUUUAUCAUCAUCACAGCAGAAUUGUUCAUUGUUGUGUUCAGUGGUGAAUGUGGGUCAUGCAACUCUCUCCUGGUACAAAGGAAACAGUUUAUUGUCCAGCAUCAGUGUGUCUGAUCUCAGCAGAAGCCUUUCUUUAGAUGUGAAAUAUACAGAUAAAAACACCUACAGCUGUGUGGUAAACAAUCCCAUCAGCAACCAGACUCAACAUCUGGACAUUAGCAAACUCUGUAAACCAUGUUCAGGUCCACAGUCUACUUCAAACUCUACUUCACAUCCUCUAGGCUCUGAAACUCAUACAGUGCUGAUCUUGGCAGCUGUUGCUGGAUCUCUGUUUAUUGUAGCUGCUGUCGGGAUCUUCUGGAUCUGCAAGAGACACAGAAAAACAGACCAAGAAGGAACAGAUCAGACUCGUAAUGAAGAGAUCACUUACGCCGAUCCAACAUUCUACAAACGGAAAGCACAGAAAUCGGGAGUCAAACAGGAGGAGGAGGUGGUGUAUGCAGGCAUCGUCCCAAGAACUUGAUCAAAUUCCUUAUUCACGUUGCAAUCACAGUCAGUACGGUUUACAAGCACGCUACAAAGACCGCUACAGCAGACUAUAAAGCUGUUUUUCUGCAAAAAAAAAAAAAAAAAAAAAAAAAGUCACCAGGACUACAUUAGGGUUUAGAUAAACUUAUCUAAGAUAUUGUUAUGUAUGCUCAGCUUUGGGAUAAAAUCAGACCCUAGGUUAUAUAUUCAAAUAAAUUUAUACAUGACUUAGUUACUUAGGUGACCUAUGUGUUUUUUCAUAUUCGUCAUCUUUUCCUAUCAAAAUGCUUGCUACGGAUGCGUAAACAGAAAAUUUAAACUGGUCCAAAUUUUUAUGAUGGACAAACGUUUUGUAGGCAGGGUGUAAACAUGAUUGACACGACGUGAGGUCAUAUUUAUUUUUUAACGUGCAAAAAUUUCGUACUGUAUGACCCUUACUGGAUUUCACCUGAUUGUGCGCCCUUUCAAUACCGUCAGUAACUGUCACUGACAGUUUUUAUGAGCUGGCUUAUGAGUACCUCGUGUUUGAUCUGAUCUCAAGGCAAUCCGUCACAUAAACAAAUGACAGCUCUGUCACAGCAAUAGCGCUUCAUGCAGCGUGAAGUGAACUAGUGAUUCUUUGUGGUUUUACCAUAAAUAACACAAAAAAAAAAAAAAAACAUGAUAACUACAGUUACAACUAUAUUAACCACAAAUCAACAAUGGUAUUUGUAAUAAAACUGUGGUUACAAAUGGUAAUCAAUGCACCAAAACCAGAAUCAUGGUUACUACUAGUGUUGGGUUCGAGUCCACCUAAGUCGAGUCCGAGUCUUUAACCGGUCGAGUCCAAAAUGGGCAGAGUCAGACUCAAGUCCGAGUCCCAAAGGGCCGAGUCCGAGUCCAAGUAAACGCUACUGUUUGUCAGUAUCUUAACAUUGUUUUAACCCAAAGGGUUCCCAAACUCGGUCCUAAAGGGUCAGUGUCCUACAGAGUUUAGCUCCAGCCCCAAUUAAACACACCUGAACCAACUGAUCAAGCUCUUACUAGGCAUACUAGAAACUCCCUGGCAGGUGUGUUGAGGCAAGUUGAGCUAAACCAAGGACCAGGACAGAGUUUGGGCACCCCUGUUUUUAACUAGAAAAAUGCAAUGUGAAUUGAAAAGCAAAAAGCAAAGAAAAACAAACCUCUAGUGGAUCUUGAGAUUUUGAUUUUUGAUUUCACAGCAUCUCAUAAUUAGUGUCGUGGUCUGCUUAGCAAACUUAAAGUCAUGUAACAGAAGUUAUGUCUUGUGACAUAUUUCAGAGUGAAACAGGUUUUAGAAUGUGAUAAAUUAUAGGGUGGUACUUGACUUUAUUCAUUGAUAUAGUAAAUGUAUAAAUUCAAGGGUGGGGGUAAAGGAGUAGGUAUCUUGGUGAAUGGGACCUUAAGAGCAGAAAAUGCACCUCUUUUAUUUCUGAUUGUGGCUGUGUGUGUUUUGGGUUUUAUAUGUCUUUUUUUUUUUCUUGGAUGAAAAUGAGACUGUGAGGGAUAAACCUAGUCUUUACAAUGACACACUGUGUAUAAAACUAUGUGUAUAUAUACUUUCCAUAAGUCACAGCAAACUCACACCUGUUUUAUUUUUGAAUGCAUUUAUAGUUACAUUAAUUACAAUAAAUUACAUUAUAUAAAGAAAAACUGAUGAUGUGCCAUUGAAUUAUUAGAAAAUCAUGCACACCCAAGGUGGUUUUGGACCCAUUAAAACUACUGCUGCAAAGAUGUUAGAAAAAUGAUUUUUCUUUGAAGCUAGAAAUUGCCACCAUGUUUAAAAAAUAAUAAUGAUUUACAGCAAAAACUAAUCAACUAAUGUAAGUAAAACAUUCUCAAGCUUACUGAAGGCAAGUAAACACUCCAAGUAGGCAUAUUAAAAACAACAGGAUAAAGAAAUA